AUGGCAGCACAAACAUGUGGAAAUAUACCUGUUAGCAGGGUCAGUCCGAAAUACCUACACUCAAAUUCAACCAGCCACACCUGGGCCUUCAGCGCCAUUGCUGAGCUUAUCGACAAUGCAUAUGACCCAGAUGUGGGAGCAAAGAACUUCUGGAUAGACAAGACAGUGAUCAAAGAAAAGGUCUGCCUCACCUUCGGGGAUAAUGGAGUUGGCAUGAACUACCAAAAAAUGUACAACAUGCUCAGUUUUGGCUUCAGUGACAAAGAGGCAAAAGAUGACCAUACUCCAGUAGGUCGCUACGGUAAUGGGUUCAAGUCAGGCUCUAUGCGACUGGGGAAGGACGCCAUCGUGUUUUCGAAGACCAAGGAGACCAUGUGUGUGGGCCUGCUCUCCCAGACAUACUUAGAGGAGAUAGGAGCUGAGAAUGUAAUUGUUCCCAUAGUCACCUUUACAUGCAACGGAAAGAACCAGAGUAUCCUAACUCAGCAUGCAGACUGCCUGAAAGAUAUUCUGGAGCACUCUCUGUUCCAGAAUGAAGAAGAACUUAAGUCUGAGUUCAAGGCAAUCAAUACACCCAGCCGCACCUCUGACAAGACAGGAACACGCAUCAUCAUCUGGAAUCUCCGCAAAACAUCAGAAAGGCCAACAGAGUUUGAUUUUGAUGAGGACAGCUACGAUAUCAGGAUACCAGCGGACGAGUCUGAAGACAAGAAAAAGAAUUUCGGAAAACCAGAACGUUUUAUGGAGUCCACUCCUGAAAGUGAUUUCUCUCUGCGGGCGUACUGCAGUAUUCUGUACAUGAAGCCCAGGAUGCAGAUCAUCAUUCGUAAGAAGAAGGUACAGACGCAGCUCAUCUCCAAGAGUCUGGCAUUCACCAGAAAGGAUUACUACAAACCCACCUUCCUUAAGCCUAAAUCUGUGCUGAUCACCUUUGGGUACAACACCAAGAGCAAACAGCAUUACGGGCUCAUGAUGUACAACAAUAACCGGCUCAUCAAAGCCUACAAGCGUGUCGGCUGCCAGCUCCAAGCCAAUAACCAGGGAGUUGGAGUCAUUGGCGUGAUUGAGUGUGAUUUCCUCAAACCAACACAUAACAAGCAGGACUUUGAUGACACAGAACAGUACAGAAAAACCAUCUAUAAUGUCGCUGGAAAGCUGAAGGAGUAUUGGGACGAAGUACGUCAUAAGAAGAGCUCAGGGAAUCCAGACAGCUCUGUAUCUGUGGAGGACAUGGUGGAAUCUCCAGACCAGAAUUGGGUGCAGUGUGAUGAUUGUAUGAAGUGGCGUAAAAUCCCAGAUGGCUUUGACUGUGACCUGCUCCCACGCAAAUGGUUCUGCCACAUGAACCCUGACAAUCAGUUCAGAUCUUGUGAUAUUCCAGAGGAGAAAGAAGAUUCAGGUGAUGAGGAACAGCCUGACCCAAAACCCUUCAAACAGCAGGAGAAACAGAAACAAAGGGAGAGAAGGAAACAGACAGAGACAAGUGUUCAAACUCCCAGCCCUCAAAAACGCACUGGCUCCACGUCAUCUCAGUCAGACUUUGGCACUCCAAUGAGUCUUAGGAAAAGGAGACCUCACAAAGAGUUGAACAACGAUGAUGAUGAUGAUGAUGUGGGGGAGGGUGACGACAGUAUGGCGGAUACAAAUCAGAAGCGGAGAAGGUCAAAGAGACCCCUUACUUCUGACAAAGGAAACAAGGAGGUGAAGAGAACCAAACGGACUGAUGGUGGGCACGUCAAUGUCUCUGAAACACCUUCAAUCGUCAACUCAGUGCCAGAAGUUCACACAACAGCAAUGUCCCUCAGUACUACUAAUGAUGUUGAUGAGGAGUUGAGUGAUUCCAUCAAGAGAGAGAGACAGGAGAGGCAGAUUGAGUGUGAUAACGUCAAGAGAGAGAGAGAGGAGAGGCAGAUUGAGUGUGAUGACGUCAAGAGAGAGAGACAGGAGAGGCAGAUUGAGUGUGAUGACGUCAAGAGAGAGAGACAGGAGAGGCAGAUUGAUUGUGAUGACAACAAGAGAGAGAGACAGGAGGAGCUGAAUGGGUCAGAGAGAGCUCUUACUUUUGGCAAAGAAAACACAGAAGUAAAGAGAACCAAACAGAGUGAUGGUGGGAACACUGAUAACUCUGAAACGCCUUCAACCCUCAACCCAGUGCCAGAACUUCACACAAUAACACCGUCACUCAAUACUGCUAAUGAUGUUGAGGAGGAGAAGAAUGGGUGUGAAGACAGCCUUAACAAUGGACAAGAGGAGCAGAGUGUGAGUAAAGACAGCCUUAUGGAGAGACAGGAGGAGCACAGUGGGUGUGAUGACAUCAAGAUAGAGAGACAGGAGGAGUCGAUUGAAUGUGAUAACAUCAUGAAGCAGGGACAAGAGGAGCAGAUCGGGUGUAAUAACAUCAUGAAGGAGGGACAGGAGGAGAGGAAUGGGAGUGGUGAUGGCAUCAUGAAGGAGGGACAGGGGGAGCAGAUCAGGUGUAAUGACAUCAAGAAAGAGGGACAGGAGGAGCAGAUCGGGUGUGAUGACAUCAUGAAGGAGGGACAAGAGGAGAAGAAUGGGAGUGGUGAUGACAUUAUGAAGGAGGGACAGGAGGAGCAGAUCGGGUGUGAUGACAUCAUGAAGGAGGGAAAGGAGGAGCAGAUCGAGUGUAAUGACAUCAUGAAGGAGGGACAGGAGGAGCAGAUCAGGUGUAACAACAUCAUGAAGGAGGGACAGGAGGAGCAGAUCGGGUGUAACAACAUCAUGAAGGAGGGACAAGAGGAGCAGAAUGAUUGUGAUGGCAUCGUGAAACAAGGACAAGAGGAGAAGAAUGGGUGUGGUAAUGUCCUAAGGGAGGGAGAGGAGGAGCAGCCAAUGCUCUGUGGAGAGCUGGAGAAACUCCUCACUCUGGCUCAGAGUUCACUCCUUGGCAUGAAAGAGCAACGGGAGCUAGUGAACAUAGUACGUAAAACAUUAUACAACUUCCAGAAACAAAUACACUCUCUCAGAGAACAGCUAGAGGAAGUUCAGUUUACAAACAGGAGAGAGCAGCAAGAAGAGCCAACAGAGUACUGA